AUGGACAAAACAAAACAGUCACCAAAGCCUAGGCUGAUCUAUCUUGCACACUCUCCAAGUACGCAGGCGGUCUUAUGGCUUCUCGAAGAGCUCGAGAUAGAAUACGACAUCACGAUAUUUGACCGUCCCUUGGAUAAGAAAGCAGUCGGCCUGGGUGAGACUCAUAUCCAGGCCCACGCGCCACAACUCAUCCUUCCUGAUGGCCAGGUCAUCACGCAAAUGAGCGCCUGUAUGCUUUACCUCGUUCUCACGUAUGACACUGAACGCACGUUUCACAAGACCGAUGUCGAAUACAGAGUUCGCGAAGAUUAUCUUGUCAGCCUUGCCACGGCCGAUCUCGUCGCGCGGUUGGGCACCAAGCAUUUAUUCAUGGUAUUGGGUGCUGUGACACCAUUCUUUAUAAGUCCUGCAAUCAAGGUUCUGGGCUAUGUGCUCAACAAAGCGUUCUUGGACGAGGACGUCAACAAUGCCUUGCAUGUGGUGGAGAUGGAGCUUGACGGCCGAGAAUGGAUCAUGGGGGGCGACGCUCCCUCGAGGGCUGACAUGGCACUCAAGAUUGCGUUGGACAUGGCAGUUCAGCCGAAUCUUAUCGAGAUAGAUAAGUGGCCAAGGGUGAAGGCGUGGCUGGAGCGAUGUGAGGCCAGGCCUGCGUGGAAGAGAUCGCUCGACAAAGGGAUUGGUUACCAGCUUGACUGGAAUGCCAGACUUCGCGAAAGCAAGAAGUCUGGUUCGUGGACUUGGAUGUGGGUACCAGUUGCAUUAACUGUAGCUGGUGUUUCUUAUUUUGCAGCUUAUGGUACUUGGUGA